AUGUUACGUUCGUUCUUAACGCUUGCCCUGUCCGUUUGUUCGGGGGCCGCGUUGCAGGCGCAGAUCACGGGUACGGUCACGGUACCCAGCGCUACCUAUCCCACACUGGCCUCCGUCGUCACGGCACUCAACACACAAGGUGUAGGCACGGGAGGGGCCAUUGUCAACAUCACGGCCGGUAAUAACCAGACGGCACCUGUGGAUGGUUAUCAACUUGGGAGUACGGUAUUGAAUGCGUCCCUUACUGCCACCAAAACAUUGACCAUCAAUGGUAAUGCCAAUGUGAUCACCGCCCAGGUAGGUACGAAAGGUGUUGUAGGGGGUGGGGAUGCCAUCUUCUGGUUAAAAGGAACCGACUAUGUAACGCUUGAUGGUUUGAAAUUUGCGGAAAGCGCUGCGAAUACAGAUACCACAACAGCGAUGGAGUUUGGGAUUGCUAUCGUAAACCUGAACAGUGCUGCGCCAUUUGACGGGGCGAACAGGAACACGAUUAAAAACUGCUCUAUUACGCUGAAUAAUUUAUUGGCCAUCCCAUCUAUGGGGAUCUAUAGUGCUCACCGGACACAAGCCAGUACUGCUGCAUUGGCCAUAACAACGGCUGCGGAUCUGCACAGCUAUAAUAAGUUUUAUACCAAUACCAUUACCAAUGUGGUAACGGGUAUCCGGAUGGAUGGCUAUAAUGAUGUGGCUGCACCGCCGUUGCUCUAUGAUAAAGGCAAUGAUAUUGGCGGUACCACGGCAGCUACCGGGAAUACGAUCACGAAUUUCGGAGGUACGGCUGUGGCCGUCAGGAGGAGUACCGGUACUGCCGGUGUGGCUCCUGCGAACCUGAACAAUGCUACCAGUGGUAAUAUACUUUAUACACCUACGGCUACGAAUAGCUAUCUGUACGGAGAAAGUGCAACCACCACCAUGGUUAACGGUUUUAACCUCACCAAUGAUGCAGCCUUCAAUACAAGCUGCGGUUUGUAUAAGACAUUUAUGACCCCUCGUGAAUCAGGUACCUUUACAGAAAAUAACCUGACGCAAAUAGGCACCACAACUACAUUUGCGCCUACAGGAACCUCUUUCGCUGAAAGCGGAGCAGUACCUGUAAGUCCGUUAUCUAUUACUACAGAUUAUAGCAGAGUUACAAGAUCUAAUCCUGCAGAUAUUGGUGCGCUGCAAUUUGCCGGUACUGCCAGUGCCGAUGUGGCCCCGCCUGCGAUUAAUUAUACCGUAUUGCCUGCAACCACUUUUUGUAAUACACCGCCAACCCUGAUUGCCUCCAUAACAGAUGCUACCGGUGUGAAUAAUACUGCGGGUACGGCACCACGUCUUUAUUAUAAGAAGUCAGAAAAACUACCCGAAUUAAAAGAAAAUUACAAUUACUGA